GUGUUCGAGUCAUUCACGCGCUACAUGGUCAGGAGGGUGCGAGGUGCGAGCUAUGCGACUGCUCUGAAUCUUGUCACACCGCUGCAGCAUGCCAUUCUGCUGUGUGCGGUCCUCGGUCUGAGCGAGAAGAACAACCGGUCCUUAAUACCUUGGUUGUGCCCCGUCAAUGGCCUCUCGAGGCGCUAUGUCCGGGACCAGUGCCAGUCGGCCAGGCUCGACAGG